AUGGGGUGGCGCGCGGGCUGGUGGCGCGCGGGCUGGUGGCGCGCGGGCUGGUGGCGCGCGGGCUGGUGGCGCGCGGGCUGGUGGCGCGCGGGCUGGUGGCGCGCGGGCUGGUGGCGCGCGGGCGCGGCGCUGCUGCUGCUGGCAGCGCUGCUGCCGCGCGUGCCGUUGCACUCGCACCUGGCCUCUGACUUCCCACAUCUCACUCCUCACGAGCUUGCACAUUUCCUUGCGGAUUUCUCAAAUUAUCCCAAACUCUAUCCGGACCUGGAAUCAUGGACGGUGGAGGAGGAGGCGGGUAACUACACGUGGUGGCGAUACUCGGUGUCGUACACUUGUGGCGCGCGGUGCUCGGGGCGCGCGGACGUGUGGCACGCGGCGGGGGAUGCGGCGGGGGGGUACCUUGGGCCUUGCGGGGGGACGUGGGGGGCCUGGCGGUAG